AUGUCUACAUUAAUUGAACAAAUUCUGAAACAAAUCGGUGUUACCAUUUAUAAGCGAUGUUUCAUAACACAAAUACCAUUGCUCAUGAAAGAAUACAUCUCUGGCUACGUGAAUAUCCUGAAGACCAUAAUAGGGAGCGGCAUACUUUACAUACCUAUGCUUUUUAAGUCGUAUGGCGCCAUUAGUACGUUUUUUUUGAUGUGCAUCUCGGCUGUUCUGUCCAUGGUGGGACAGACAAUCUUCCUGUACUGCAACGCGUUCCUCGAUGACCGCUCGACAAACAUAACAUCGUUGGCAAGGGAGAGUGUGCCACGUACACGGUUUAUUGUGGACUUCUUCGUGUUCUUUAAGUGUUUUGGCGUGGCUACCUCGUACCUCAUCAUUAUAAGGGAGCUACUUCCGAACUUGGUCCGGUUUGUGUUCGACGAGUCGGUGCUCUCGAAGCCAAAGGUAGCGCUGCUCGUAUUUCUGUGUUGUAUCUCGCCGAUCACAUAUUUUAGGCAGCUCAAAAAUUUAAAGUACACAUCAUCGAUUGGCCUGAUUGCCAUUUCGUUCAUUUUGUUCUUCUCCAUGUAUAACUUUGUUAAACAUGGCACUCUUGAACACGUGACUCUGUACGAACCGAUAUCAAUAGAGUGGUUAAAGGGCCUGGGAACGUUUGUGUUUGCAUUCACGUGCCAUCAGAACCUGAUAUCGGUGCAAAAUGAGGUUGUUGACAACUCGCCACACAAAAUGAAGAAGGUUGUGUAUGCCACCACGAUCACGAGCUUCGUCAUUUACAUGGUGUUCGGCUUUACGAACUACGCAUUGUACGCCACAAACAUGCGCGACAACGUUCUGAAGAGUUAUCCAGAUGAUAACAUUACGCUGUUCUUGCACUUUUUGUAUGUGUGUGUGAUGGGAUUUUCAUAUCCACUCCAGAUAAACCCUGCACGCGUAUACGUAUACAACCUGCUAGGAUUCAACGCAAAAAAGCGAAGAAACAAUCUUGUUCACGCUGUGAUCACGACUCUGCUCCUCAUAAGCACGUAUGUGCUGACCAUCACAGGCCUUAAUCUCGGCGAAAUGUAUGCAUUUGUGGGUGCCACCGCGUCCACAAUGAUAUGCUUGAUUUUCCCGCUUCUAUUUUACUAUAAUAUGGGAGUGGAGAGAAAGAAAUGGCUGGUGUGGCUAGGUAGUGUAGGAUUUGUGGUUGGAUGCUGUGUCUUUGGACUUUCGUUUUUUAAACUGCUCACGCACUAG